AUGAGUGCAAGGCAAGGUCAGGUGAAGCAAUGGUGCAUAGCAGAUGAGCAAACACCAGAUGAUAUCCUACAUAUUGCACUUAGCUGGGCAUGUGGUCUUGGUGGUGCAGAUUGUACAAUGAUUGAACCUAACAAAUCAUGUUACAUUCCCAAUAGAGUCAGGGACCAUGCAUCAUAUGUCUUCAACAGCUACUGGCAAAACUACAAGAAACAUGGUGGUUCUUGCUACUUCAAUACAGCUGCAAUGGUCAUAGACCUAAAUCCAAGUAUGUUCAUGAUCUGA